UUGAUCAUAUCCUUCUUCUAUGUGACGCCGUAUGCACUGAACAUCUCACGCUACUCGAGCAUAUCAACUUAUUCUUUAUUCUUUCCUGAAAAUACAAGACGCCACCAACGAUGGGAUUUCGCAGACGAUUCAUCGGCUUCACCGGGGCCGUUCAGAUAUUGCUCACUCUCGCCAUGCUCAUUAUGGCGUCUCUCUUAUCGUUCACAACCCUCGCCAACGUCACCAACAACGCUGUUGGUUCCCCACUGUGGGGAGGAAUCAUUAUAUUGAUGUGCGGUGCUGGUAACAUAAUAGAUGCACUAGAGUCACCUUCGAAAAAGAGGUCAACACAAGAAUACCACAUGUUACCCCUCAACUUCGGUACGCUCCUCGCCAACCUGAUUGCUUUCUUCGUCUCCGCCACCAUCCUGGGUCUCUUCUCGUGGUCGGUGAGCACGGUUAUCAAUGCAUUGGUCGUCCCUUCCUCCGCCAUCAUCCUCGCCGCCAGCUUCAUCUGUAUCUUCUCCUUCUUCGCUCUAUGUGCUGACUGCUGCCAAUUCUGCUUCACACCCCCUCCGCAUCAACAGAGACCGUACUACGUGGACUAUGAUGGGCCUCCUCGUGGUAUCCCAAACCAGGUGUUCAAGGCCUAAUCUUACAUCAAAUUGGCAACGUCAACAUGCAGAGACCCAGAAGGGUCGUGCUAGCUGUAUUCAGUUCAUUGACAAUAUAGCUAACUCUUAAUAUGAUUUGUGUAUAUGUGCUCCCGUUAUCAGUUAUCAGUCCCCCGUUAUCUAUUCGAAAUUCAAGGCAGAAGAGGGUAUAGAGGGACUCACCCCAUUUAGACAAACAGCCUGUGGGAUCUACAAUACAAAGAAAUAUAUCAGGGAAGCGGGAAAACAUUAAUAACAAUUACAUAUGUAGCAUAGUUUUACACUGACAUAAAAUAUGCUUUCAUAAUACGGCUAGAAAAUAAGGCAUU